AUGCCAUCCGCGUCGGCAAACCUCCCCAUCAUAGACCUCUCGGGCCCUCAAUCCGAGGUAGCAAAGCAACUCGUUGACGCCGCCGCGGACCACGGCUUCGUCUACAUCAGGAACUGGGGCCCCGACUUCCCCGCUACCAACGUCGACGAGGCAUUUGAACUGUCCAGAAAGUUAUUCGCCGCUCCCUUUGAAGAAAAGCAGGCAUGCUCCAUCCAGAAGAACAACCGGGGCUGGACCAGCAUGCAUGCCGAGACGCUGGAUCCCAAAAACCAAACGGUUGGAGAUUUCAAAGAAGCAUUCAACUUUGGCGAGUUUGUCAACGCCAAAGCCCAACAGCCCAUACCGCCCACCAUCGCGGCAGAUGAGGGCAAAUUAUCGGCCUUUGCCGACCUGUGCCGGUCGCUAUGUCGCACCAUCCUCGCUCUCCUGGGUCAAGGUUUAGGAGUCGACGGCUUCUUCUCCUCGGCCCAUUUUCAAGCGCAUUCCGGGUCUGGCAGCAUCCUCCGAUUCUUGCGCUACCCGCCACCCUCGACAACCUCUCACUCGCCAAACGACUUUCGUGCUGGCGCGCACUCCGACUACGGGUCCAUCACUUUGCGUUUCCGCCUCCGGGGCCAGGCCGGGCUUGAAAUUCUCCAAAAGGACGACCAGUGGGCUCCUGUUCCCGUGUCGCCCGCUGGCACCGAAAACGACCCUAGCCCGCCGAUUCUGGUCAACAUUGGCGACUUGCUGUCGUACUGGACAAACGGACUGUUCAGAAGUACAGUGCACAGAGUCGUGUUCCCCACCAAUGCUCAAAACGGGACGACGGAUGGCGUCCGAGCAGAGGACACUUCUCAGACGAGGUACUCGAUUGCCUACUUUUGCCACCCCAUGAACAAUGCAUUGCUGGACCCGGUGCCGAGCGACAUGGUUAGAAGCUUUGCGCCGACGGCUGGCGCCAAGGACGCCAACCCCUACGCCGAACGUAAAGUCUUGACUGCUGGUGAACAUCUGUUGACGAGGUUGAAGGAGAGCUACGGAGCCCUGUACAGCGAAGAGAAGCAUUGA